AUGGGGUGUGUUAUGUUAGUAAUAGGGGCAGCAGCAGCAGUUGGUAGUGUAGCUGGGGCAGCAGCAGGAGCUGCAUUUGCUAGUACUCAGUACGAAAAAGUUAUAUCAAAAUUAGAAGAGCAGAAUAAAAACAUGUCAGAAAAUUGCGAUAAGCAGGUUGAGGCAACCAAGAAAGAAAACAAAAAAUUAACAGAAAAAUUAGCCGAUUUAACAACAGAAGUAUCUCAAGCAAAAGAAGAAGCAAAAAAGAAACAUCAAGAAUUGAUUAGUAAAAUGGAACAAGAAAGAAAGGAAAUGCAAGCAAAAAUGGAUAGAGAUGCAAAGGCAACGCAAGCAAAAAUUGAUAUGCUUCUUAGUUUUUUGAAUAUACAUCCUGCAUUACAACCAGCUGGCCCUUCUAAUAACAGCGCACAAACUGAAGCUAAGCCUUCUGAGACAGACCCAAAUUCUCAUGUAGAUCAACUUGAGGUAUCUACUUGCAGUAGAGGUCACAAUAUAAUUUAAAGAUGGCUUUUAUAGUCUUAUUAUUAAUCAUAGAAUUAAUGGCGCUUUUGCUGCUGUUAAUGUUGGUAUACUUUUUUAAAUGGCAAAGGAGGGGUAAAAUGUUUCAAGAUAAUAGUGUUUUGGUUGAUGAGCAGGAACAGAAGAAGGGUGACUUAACAGUCAUAGAUAGCAUGACUUUGGAAAAUACGCUCAAGCUAUUGGAGUUAAAGAGCUUAUUAUCUGACCUCGAUGAUAAUUUACGGGAUGUUAAAAAAGGCAAGAAGUCCAUCGAAGAUCACAGGAAAUAUUUUAAAGCAGAAGUUGACAAUAAACUUAAAAAUCUCAGCUUAAUAUAUCAUCCUGAUUCAGUGCAAAGAGCGGCAUUUGAUCGAGUGUUUUUUUGCUAA